AUGUUGCAUUUGAUGAGAGAUGUAUUAGCAAUCACAAAUGAGCUCAAUAAAUGCUUACAAACAAAGGAGCAAGAUGUUGCAAAUGCCUUCCCACUUGUUGAAGUAGCAAAGAAAAGCUCUUUAAGAUCACGGCGAAGACUUGCUCACUAUACAGUCUUACAUCAUUAUCGUGUUGAAGUGUUUUGCAAUAUUAUUGAUUGGCAACUUCAAGAGCUUAAUGACUGUUUUAAUGAGGUAGCUAUUGAUUUGCUCCAUGGAAUUGCUUGUUUGAUUCCAAUUAACUCGUUUUCAAGUUUUGACAGCAAAAAAAUAAUGAGGAUGGCUAAAUUAUAUCUAGAUGAUUUUGAUGAAUUUAAUAUGGAUACUCUUGAGAAUCAACUUGCAAGUUACAUUGUUGAUGUUGUUUGUGAUGUUGAUGAAAGGUUCUCUGAUCUAAAUGGACUUUGUAAUCUUUCCAAAAGAUUAGUCCAAAUAAAAAAAUAUCCAAAUUAUCCUCUAGUGUUCCGCUUAGUGAAACUUGCUCUACUUCUACCAGUUGCCACUGCAUCCGUUGAAAGAGCUUUUUCGGCAAUGAAGUUUAUCAAGAAUGACUUGCGAAGUCAAAUGAGUGAUGAUUUUUUUAGUGGUUGUUUGGUGCCUUUUGUAGAAAAAGAUGUAUUUGAUAGUAUUCCUAAUGAUGCUAUAAUUAAGACAUUUCAAGAUAUGAAACCUCGUAGAGUACAAUUGUAA